CUCUGCGUCUGCGUCUCCCGCUGACGGCUAGCUGGAGGCUGCGGGAGGAGCCGGAGGGAGGCAGGUGGGCCAGAGAUGGGAGAUGACACCGCGCUGCUCCACAUCCAUCCGCCCGAGCGAAGGAGGAGAGCCCCGGAGGCCGAGUCUCCUCGGAGAGGAAGCGGUCUGGUGUUUAUAACGGCGUAGCGCACACCCGCAUCCCGCCGCUGACACCGUGCCAGCGUCGCUUCCGUCCGCGGAGCCUGUUUUCUGCAGAAAUGUCCUUCACGAUGGAGGAUAACUUGGAGUCGGGGUGGGUGGCCGUUCGCCCCAAUGCGUUCGAGGAGAAGGAGAAGCAUAAAUUCGUGUUCAUCGUCGCCUGGAAUGAAGUGGAGGGUAAAUUUGCCAUUACGUGUCACGACCGGACGGUCCAGCGGAGGAGCUUCGGGAGGGACCCUCCGCUGGAUGGAGACAAAACAAGAUGGCCCGAGAGUCCCGUCAGAGAGAAGGUCUUCCGCAGCCCGGGCAGAGGAGCCGCCGAGGCUGCGGCCAAAGGAUGCAGCCCCAAAAGCAAGCCUGCGAAGGCAGCGAAACCGGGUCCCGAGAAGAGUCCUGCCUCCCCCGUCAGUCCGGGCACGGAGCUGGUGGAGCCUCCGGAGGACCAGCUGUCCCCCUCCAUGGACUGCCUGGACCUGGAGGAGCUGGACACCCUGAGCAGGGAGGACUGCAGCUGGGCCGGACUCUUCUCCUUCCAGGACCUCCGGGCGGUCCACCAGCAGCUGUGCUCGGUCAACUCCAUCCUGGAGCCCUGCCUCCCGGUGUUCCCGGAGGAACCGGCCGGGAUGUGGACGGUGCUGUUCGGCCCGGCCGAGGUUCCCGAGACGGAGAUGGACGAGCUGUGCUGCCGUCUGCAGGUGUACCUCGGUCACGCGCUCGACACCUGCGGCUGGAAGAUCCUCUCGCAGGUUCUGUUCACGGAAAACGACGAUCCGGACGAGUACUACGAGAGCCUGAGCGAGCUGAGGCAGUCCGGGUACGAGGAGGCGCUCAGCCGGGAAACCAAACAUCUGCAGGAGCUGCUGGAGAAGCACAGGAGCAUGGACAGCAUGGUGGAGCUGCUGGAGCUGUAUGAGGAAGAGGACCAGGCCUACGGAGGUCUGCUGGAAGCCUCCACACAGCUGUACCAGUACCUGCUGCAGCCCUUCAGAGACAUGAGGGAGCUGGCGAUGCUGCGCAGACAGCAGAUCAAGAUUUCUAUGGACAAUGACUAUCUGGGCCCGAGGCGGAUUGAAGCUCUGAAGAAGGAGGACUCGGACUGGCAGAAGAAAGCUCAGGACGCCGUCCUCAACAUCCAGGAGUUCACCGUUAAAUACUUUGAGAUCACUGCCAAAGCCCAGAAAGGGGUGUAUGAGCGUAUGAAAGUUGACCAGCGUAAAUUCGGCAAAUCGUCGUGGACGGCGGCGGUGGAGCGCAUGGAGAGACUGCGCUACUCUGUCGCCAAGGAAACGCUUCAGCUGCAAAGAGCCAGAGAGAUCUGUCUGGAGCAGAGGAAACACACACUCAGAGAGGAGAUGCAGAGUCUGUGCAGCGGUGAGGAUGCCAUGGCACUCUUAGAUCACAUGGAGACGCAGUACUACGAGCUCCAGCUCCAGCUGUACGACAUCCAGGCUGAGAUACUGCAGUGUGAGGAGCUUCUCCUCACCGCUCAGCUGGACAGCAUUCGCCGACAGAUGACAGAGCGUCAGGAUGAGGUGGUGUACUAUGAUACCUUUGAAAGUGCAGAUGAUAUAACAGGGGAUGAUACUGCAGAGAGAGAGGAGCUGCGCAGACUUCAGGUCAGCACCCGACAGCUGGAGGCGCGACGAGGGCGCAUCACUGCCAAGCGGUCCUAUCUGAGGAACAAGAGGGAGAUUUGUGUAUCCAAUCACACCCAGAAACAGCAGAGGCGUCAAGCCAGGGACUCCAUAUCCCACCAAGUCUUACAGCUGAAAAAUGAAGAGGAAGAAGAUGAGGAAAGAAGGAGCAGCAGAGUGAGUCAAGAAAGGCAGAGAACUCUGGACAGACUUCGAACUUUCAAACAGCGAUACCCGGGCCAGGUGAUUCUGAAGUCCACUCGACUUCGUGCGGCUCACACGCGAAGGCGAGAGCGAGGCAGAGGCAUGGAGAUGAGUGGCGUGAGCGAGAGGGACGAGCCCGUGGACUCGGUCUGCGUCCAGACGCAGAGCCAGCCGCUGUGCCUGAGCACCAGCGUGCAGACGGACCCCAGCCCCGGCUCCACACUCACCACCCAGCCCGUCACCACCCUCACCGUCUCGCUGCCCCCGCUGCCCGUUCCCAGCCCCGCAGACUCCUCCUGCUCGCCCUGCUCCUUGUCCUCGCUGUUGGUGUCUCCCAUUUCCCCUCCUCCUCCCCCACCGCCUCCGCCGCCCCUGCCAGCGAAGGAGGAGCUGUCUCCCUCCGGGAGCCCCGGACGACACGGACAGCAGGUCGAGGGGAAAGGUGCGGGAGAGGAGCUCGCUCUGUCGCCACUCGGCCCUUUCAUCCCUCGCUUCUUUGACAGCAGCCAACUGGUGAGCGCCCGCAAGAAGCUGAGGAAGACUCCAGAGUUUGACACCCACAGCAGAAAAGUGAGUUCGCCCAUGGACGAAGUGCUGGCCUCUCUGAAGAGAGGCAGCUUCCACCUGAGGAAGGUCGACCAGCGAUCCCUGCCUCCCACCAAGGGCGACGACGAUCCCAACAGCAUCCUGGCGCAGAUUCGCAAGGGAGUCAAACUGCGGCGGGUCCCUCGUAAAGAGAGGAAAGACCUGGGCGAGCUCCCCGCCUCCACCGACCCGCUGACCAGGAGCAUCCACGAGGCGCUGCGCCGCAUCAAGGAGGCCUCGCCGGAUUCCGAUUCAGACGACGACGGGCUCGCCGGUCACGACUGGGAGAGCUAGGGGUUCAAGACUUACCAUGACACACACGCACCCACACACACACACACACUCGUAUGACGCACUGUACUGCGCUGUAGUGUGAACACCCGACACACUCAGUUCCUCACUCAUUCAAGCUCACACAGCCUGGUCACACAUGUACCAAGUGACGAGGACAAGGCCGGAGUUGUUCCGGUUAUCAGCCGCUCACUGAAUACUCCAAAGGUCAAUCUGUUCACAUUUUUUCACACUACAUUCAAAAUCAUGCAGGACUUUGUUUGUGUUUUUACUCCUUCUGUAUGUCACUGUGAUCGUAUCCCUGUACUAACGGCCAUGUUGGAUUUUAUUUUUAUCGAGCGUACUGUGGAAAAGCUCUGCACAAAACAUUUCUCUGCGACACACUGCACUGACACUGACUGGUGAAGCGGAGAGCCGGAUGUGGAAAGUUAUUCUAGCCAAGAGGUGUGUGAUCUUUUCACUUCACGGCAGUGUUACAAAUGAGAAGCUGUUACUGCGAUAUGAAUAUCUCAUGAGCGCGGCGAGAACUCUCAUGAACAUGUGGGAGACGGGAAGUGAAGGAUUACAUCAAUAUUUAAAGUGGGAUCACUGGAUUCACUGCCAGAUUGUAAACCACUACAUCAUCUCUCCCCAAACUUCUUUUUGUUUUUAAUCAGUCGCGUCUGCUGGGCCAACCUGACUGCGCCACACAUCUGAUUCCUUCUCGUUUUGCCUGGGUUUGGUCGUGUCAGACCGAAUGAGGACCCCUGCUUGUUGAAUCAGACAAACACGUUAAAUCCUCCAGUCUGCGAAAUCAGAUUUGUGCCCUUCCCCCACGUUUGUCCUCUUCCGGCCUUCACCUCCUCCUGCUCUCACCCCCUCACCGGGUGAGUGAAUAUGUAUCGACCCAUCUGUUCGACCGCGGCAUAUGGCGAGGAUGGAGAGCCACGGCAGCGUGGAGUGGCUUCAUCAUUAGUGGAAACAUCUAACAAGGCCGCUAAUCUCAACCCGGCCGAGCAGAGGAGGAGAGGAUUUAGACGUUUUCUUCUUAGCAGAGUUCUGUCACGGCCUUCACAGUGUGGGCAGAUCUGGUUGGUGAUUCCCAAACUUUGUACGUGGGAUAGUCAUGACCGAGCCGUGAAGCCGGUCACGCUUGUUUGAAUGAUGGAUGGUCUGUGGGAGGCUAUAUUCUCUCCACGCCGCGGGGAGUCCGUGUGGGCUGCGGAGCAGCCGGUCGUGAUUGAUGCGCUUUCUCUUGCCGUCUUUUUCGCCUUCUCUCAUCCCCUUUUAUUGCGUCUUCUCUAAUUUCUUUCUCCGCUCUCAGUGGGCUGAAGCGCACAGCGGGAGGUCUGUUACUCACCGUGAUGG